GGUAAACAGAGGGCAAACAAAAUUUGGAAAGCAAACCAAAAUUUAUUUUAUUUCUGUCAUCAUCUGAAAACGCUGAAAAUCGAUUCAAUCUCAUCGGAAAUCAGAUUGUUGUAACGAUAGUGUAAUAAUUAUUAUUUUGGUAUAAACUUCAAAUCUUCACCAUGGCAGACGAGGAGUACGAGCGUUUUGAGAUCACCGACUACGAUCUGGACAAUGAGUUCAAUCCGAAUCGCCGCAAUCGGCGUCCAACCAAGCACCAGCAAAUCUACGGCAUUUGGGCGGACGAGGAUUCGGAAAACGAAGAUCCCGAUGAAGGGUCUUCGCGACGCGGUCGUGGCCGCCUCGGUAAGAAACCAAAAGAUUAUACGGCCCCGAUUGGUUUUGUGGCCGGUGGUAUCCAGCAGGCGGGUAAGAAGAAGGUAGAGGAAAAAAAGGAAAGCGAUGGCGAGCAGGAGGAUGAUGAUGAGGACGAUCGGCCGCGGUUUGGAGGGGCCCCGAGCGGGACCAGUUCGGAAUCCGAGUCGGAAGUGGUGGCAAGGGCAAACGAUUUCCGAUCGAUGGCUGGAUUUAGGAAGUAUCCGGCUCGAAGUGGUGGACCAUCAGUUGGGAAGGGAGUUGGCGGAUGGGAGCAGCACACAAAAGGAAUUGGGGCGAAGCUUCUACUGCAGAUGGGUUACCAGCCUGGAAAAGGUUUGGGUAAGGAUUUGCAGGGAAUUGCAGCUCCUAUCGAGGCUCACUUGAGGAAGGGCCGGGGAGCUAUUGGAGCGUAUGGUCCGGAGAAGAAAACGGUGGUCAUGGAUCAGAAGUUGAAGAAGGAGAAGGAAGAUACGAAGGAAAUUAAGGACAAAGAUGCCAGUCAACAGUGGAGGAAGGAUAAGCACAAAGGGCGAUACUUCUAUAAAAGCGUGGAGGAUGUGAUUGAAAAAGGGAAGAGAACGUACACUCUAUUUGAUAAGAAUUCGAAGCUAAGUAAUGUAAAGGUAAUUGAUAUGACCGGGCCAGAGAGUAGAGUUUUGAGCGGAUAUCAUGCCCUGGGACAGGCGAAAGUGGUGGACGAAGAUCUCUACGAUUCCAAAGCAACGAAGGAAACAUCCAAUUUUGGGUUGCCUGAAUUGGUGCACAACUUGAACUUGAUCGUCGAAUAUUGCGAACAAGAUAUAAUUGCUAUAGACAAGCAGAAGUGUGAAGCAAAAGAUCGAGAGGAGCAGCUGGAAAUAGAAAAGGAAAAUUUGAUUCGGAUCACACAGCUGGAGGAAGAUUACAUUCAAACCUUGGAAGGAGCUUUGGAUUUGGUGAAGGCGUUGGUCGAACCUGAAAGCGGUUCCGUUUCUUUGGAAGAGUGUGAAAGGAUUUUCGUACGAAUUCAAGGCGAUUUCCCUGCAGAGUAUAGGGAAUUCGGUUUGGCAGAUUUGGCUCCAGGAGUUGUUGCUCCUCUAAUAGCUGCUCGUCUCAAAGAAUGGAAUCCAUUCAUAGACCCAACUCUCCAUUUAGACUUGUUCAAACGAUGGCGUUCCAUAUUGGGUUCUUCAGAUACGGAGAAACGUAACCUUCUGGAUCCUUACUCGGGUUUGAUUUGGUCUGGAGUUAUUCCAAGCAUUCGUUCUGCUGCUACAACUUGGGAUCCCCGGAUUCAUCAACCGAUGAUUGCUCUUCUGGACGCUUGGGCUCCUCUACUGCCGUCGUGGAUCUUGGACAAUGUCUUGGAACAGAUUGUCAUGAAUAAGCUGACUACGGCUGUCGGGGAGUGGGAUCCGCUGACGGACACCAUUCCGAUUCACAUCUGGAUUCAGCCAUGGGCUGGAAUACUGGGUUCGAAGAUGGAAUCCAACAUUUAUCCGACCAUUCGAGAGAAACUGAGCAAGGCUUUGAAGGCCUGGAAUCCCGAGGAUCGUUCGGCACGGGCGAUGAUCACCCCCUGGAAAGGUGUUAUGGCUGACGAGGAUCUGCAGGUGUUCUUGACAAAGAACAUUAUUCCGAAGCUGGAGUUACGAUUGACGGAGCUGGUGAUUAACCCGUUGCAGCAAGACUUGGAAAUCUUCAAUCAAGUAUGGGAAUGGAGCGAACUGAUCUCCACCAUCCAGAUGGCGUCCAUUCUGGACAAGUUCUUCUUCCCCAAAUGGAUCCAAACUUUAGUGCUUUGGUUGAAUCAAUCGCCCAACUUCGACCAAGUCACCCGAUGGUACCAAGGCUGGAAGUCUCAAUUCACCGAAGACAUCAUUCGGCAAGCGAACAUCAAAGAAAGCUUCCGCAAGGCAUUGGAACUGAUGCAGCGCUCGAUCGGCAUUACAACCGGAUCGUCGUCUACGUCUUCCUCCUCGGCAUCAGUCACGGUGGAACCGAUGGACACGAUACCGCCACCUCCAAAACCGCCCAUUAUUUCCGACAUUCACGUCGAUGCGUCCCCAACGUUGGAGUUCAAGGAGUUGGUGUCGCAGAAGUGUGCCGAGCGGGGAAUCAUCUUUGCGCCGAUGCCCGGCCGACGGGAGAUGGGGAAGCAGGUGUACCGAGUGGGCAAACUGUUUUGCUACAUCGAUCGGUCGGUUUGUAUCGUCAGCUUGGACGGAGGUGUCAACUGGACGCCGAUUUCGCUGACGGCGUUGAUCGAACGGGCCAUAAGUGGAUAAAAUGUGAGUAAAUAAGGGGAGAAAGUUUGUUCGAAAAAGUAAUUUAUUAAUACAGAUUAAUAUCAC